GCCCUCAGUGUCUCUUGGUUCAUCGAUCAGUGUGGUGUGUGUUAGAUUGUUGCUCUUGUUAGGAGUUUUUUUGGUGUCCAAUAAUCCAACGUUUACACGUUGGUUAUUAUUAUUAAAUAAAUAAUUAGUAACAACAGUAAACAAUAAUAAUAUUCUUAUUAUUAUUAUUGUCGCUAUAAAAAAUUACAAUAGUAAAAAUAAAUCCAGUGAUUUCAGUAGCCGGGCUCUGGUGGAGCCCCGUGAGAACGGACGUUCAAGUAUCAGUUAUCAGUUAUAGUUUUGUUUUAAAAAAUGCGUCCGAGGAUAUACUGGAUUGUUGCGUGCGCUCUCGUCUUCGGCGAGGUUUAUGCUGCUGUUAAUGAGAAAGACACAAGCGGCAAAGAACGGUCGAUAGGAAGCACAACAUACAAUUCAUCCCCUGACGACCUUUACCUCGACGACCAGGACGCCUUGGAAGGAUCCGGUCGCGGUGAAGUAAGAGACGAUUUAGAAGCCUCAGGAAGUGGAUAUGGUCCUGACGACGAGGACGGAGAUGGUUCAUCACAUAAUCCGUUCCGAGAACAUGACACUAAUAAACUAGACACCCCGCCAAAACCAGAUAAAUCGGACCGUCCAGUUUACGUUGAAGACGUGCAGAGUCCAGGAAAAGAUUCUGAGGACCUUGCGCCACCGAAGAUCAACAAAGAAAAUAAUAAUAACGACGUAAACGUCAGCGACAAAGUCGACCGUGAAGAAGAUUCAGAUCAAGACGAAGACACUGAAGACACUCACGAAGUGUUGAUAAUGAAUCCUAAACACGAAGAUCGUACUAGUUCAUUCUUUGCGCAGCCAGGUGUACUUGCUGCCGUAAUUGGUGGAGCAGUAGUCGGAUUAUUAUGCGCAAUAUUAGUUGUUAUGUUUAUCGUAUACAGAAUGCGCAAAAAAGACGAAGGUUCAUAUGCCUUAGACGAACCAAGAAGAUCACCAGCAGCUGCGGCGUAUCCGAAGGCCGGAGCGCCACAUCACAAUCGUGAAUUUUACGCUUGAAAUCCUCGUGCCAAGCUCUACUUGAACAAUGAUAACCGUUUGACCGAGUGAGAAGAUACGAUUUAAUUAGAAAAUAAAUAAGUAAAUUUAAAAAAAAUAUAAAAAUCCGUGAAAAAUGACAAAAAAAAAAUAAAAUAUCAACUAAUAAGAGACGAACAAACAAUUUAUUGCUGAUGGAAUUUUUAAAGUCUUUAAAUGUCACAACUUUAAAUUUGAAAAUUAUUUUUUUUAAGACUCAAGCAAUUGCAACGCUUUCAAAUUUUUAAUCUUCCAUCGUUACUUUUGAUCUUGUACUAAAUAAUUAUUAAUUGUCAGAUAAAUUAUUACGCUAUAGAUAUUUUUUGAACUUAGCUAAAACCAAUUAUGCAUCAUUUUUACUCUUCAGUUUGCGUCAUCGUGACCGACAUAAAAAAAUUCCAAAUGCAUUUACGUAAAAAGCGUGAGAAAAUAUUUAAGCUCAUGUUUGUCUGUAUGUGUGCAAAUCUGUAAUGUCCGUAAGUGUGCGUGAUAAUGCUAUUUGUGUGCGUGUGUGUAUAGUAUUGAGAGGUUAUAGAAUAACUUGAAUCUCUGAUUAAUUGUAAUUUUUUUUUUAUUUUUUCUCGAGACUGAGAGAUUGAAAUUAAACACAGAUUCUUUCUGAAGUUUCUGUAGAAAUCAUGUUUUUUUUUAAACUAUUUUUUGUACGUAAUUAUCAUUAAUUAAUAUGUUGGGCAUGAUUUUUCUCUCUGAAACAAUCCGAUAAAUGACGUAAUAUGAUUAUAAUUAUUUAAUUUCUCGCAAUACUAUUUUACUUGCAAAAAUUUAUUUUAUCAAUUUGUUAAAAAAUGGCAGACUGGAAAUUUUUGUCUUGUAGACAAAGUGUUGGUACCUAACCUUAAAAUGAACAAUGUAAAUUUUUGUCAAUUAUUUGAAUUUCAUAAUUUGUCAAAUAAUUAUUUUUCUGUUCAAAAAAUAAUAUAAAAAGGUUAACUGCAAACAAUAUGAAUUAAUUUGUAGAAUUGGUUAUAUUGUUUGUUACUAACCUAAAAAUUACAACAAACUAUAAGAGUACUGAUUUAAAAUUUUUGAUUAACUAAUUACACAGCUGAAUUUAAUUGCGUGUAGAUAAAUUAAAUAAGAAAUCAAUUUAUAUUUUAAGUGUGUGCUUGAUUUAAUGACGAACAAGUAGCUAAUAAUUUACAUUAUUACGCAAACAAGCAAUAGCAAAUUUGUCGUAAUUACCCAGCAUACAAAUUGCUUCAAUUUUAAUAAAUUAACUCGCUAUUAAUGCUUAAUACUCAUUUAUUAAUACUAUAUUUAGUUUUUUAAAUAUAUAAAUAAGUUUUUAAAUUGUAACUAAAAAAAAAAAAAAAUCACCCGAACAAUCAAUUUAACCUCUAAAGAGUUUGAAUGUUAAUCAAAUAAAUUCUUAGUCUGCCAUAUUGAAACAAAAUUUAUUUACAGUUAAAUUAUUAAUACAAGUAACUGAAAAAUAAUAUUAUAAAAGGGAUCACUGUAAAAUUUUGUGAUGGAUUAAUGAAGAAAUGAAAUAUAAAAGAAAAACUAAUUAAUAAUAAAUAAUGAAAAAAAAAAGUAAAUAAUCACAAUUGUGCCCCUUGUUAAUAAAAGUAGCGCACACAAGUCUUGAUUGACUGAAACAUACAAUUUUUUGCCAUAUAUUAUUAUAUUUAAAAGAAAAAAUUAGUAAGAGAGAAUGUAUGAAAUGAACGACGAAUACAAGAGAGCAUGCUGAUUAAAUUAAUUAUAAAAAAUAAAAACUAAUUAAUUAAUUAAU